ACUUUGAGCUGAGCCAGUGUCAGGACUCUACUCCCCAGUGUCUUGAAAACUUUGAAGUGAACAACUGUGUAUUUCAGCCUUCCUUUGUUUCAGAUACUUUGCUUGCAUUGUAAAGUCGCACAUAGCUAAAAACUAAUGAAUUAAUGUGCCAGUUUUGGUGGUUUGUUUUUGUUGAAAGACGCAAUUUCACCUUUUUGUUGCCAGUUGUUGAAAGUUUAGUUAGUGUAAUUGACAAAUUGUAAAGGUAUCACUGUCAGUUGACCUUUUCUGUGAGAAACGAAGAUCUUUGAGCCCAAACUUAGAGCACAGAGGGAUGUUUCCCAAGGUUUGGCCUCAGAGUAUGCUAGCAAAUUAUGUGUCCUCCGAGGACAAUCCCGGAGGUUCUUGUGGACAUCCCAGACUGAAGGAAAAUGACCUCCCAGAAGGGUCGCUACUUUCUGAGGGCGAUUAUCGUACUGUCUGCAGUUUUGGUUUUCUUGAGGACACACUGAUGUCUGAUGCCAGCUGGCCUUGCUAUGGUCAGCAGAUGGAUGGUUUUGGGGAUUUCAGCCACCAGACAUCUUUUACAGAGUCUGAGAAAAGUCGAUGUACUUUAAGUGGAACAAAUUAUACUCAUCAUAAUGUAUUCGGAAAUGUGUAUGAUUGCAUCAGUGGACAUUCCCCAACUCAGAAAACAAGAAGCAGAACUUUCCGAUCAGAUGGAAGAAUUUCUUCGGGGGUUAGUUCGUCAUAUCAAGUGGUGCCUCAUUGGAGGCGGGCUGUGUACGGGAUUGUGUGCGAAUAUCGUCGAGUGCCUGCAGACACAAAGAACGUGCCUAUGAUGAACGAGAACCCAUACUAUGGUGAGACGAGGUUCCAGAACAAGAGGCAGCUGCUCUCCAACAACAGCCUUGACGUGCCGGCGAAAUUGUUCCGUGCUGACACUGACUUGGCUUUUCCCAUAAAGCGCUUCCCUCCCCUGGACUACGACACUCCUCAGUACGACUAUGGUCUCCGUCGCUCCUCGGUCCUUGACGAUCGUGGCGCAGGUUCUGGUCAAGGCUACACCUGGAUGAACUCGUAUCCUGGCCAGGGCAUUGCAGGAAACAGGGAUAAGUCCUUCGACAGUGACGUGCUUUCCAGCUAUGGCAGUCGGGAUGGACAAAAUUUCUAUUCUCAAUCCCAGGGGAUACAAGGUGGCCCAGUUCAAAGUCAUGCAUCUGCACGAGAUGCUACUUGGGGUUUUUCGCAAACCAGAGGUCAGAGUUUCUCCAGAGGUCGUCCGCUCAACUCUCGGCCAUUCACCCGAGGUCGUGGCUACUACCCUCGACUUAGUUCUCGCGGAUCUCGUCCUAUGAGAUUGGUGGUUGGAAGAAAGGUUCUCACAGAGUCAUCCAAGACAGAAGCUGGUGCAGGAAAGUCAGAGAAGGCCGGGGCUUGGGGAGGUGGUGCUGUCAAGGCUGACAUGUCGAAGCGGGCGACAGGUUCUGAAGGGUCAGCGAACUCGGAGAUUGCCAACGACAAGCCAAAUGAGCAGACAAAUGGUCAAGUGGACUCAGACAGAAGUACGGCUGAUCUCCUGCGCGAUUUAGUGACCAAGCUCAAGGUGUGGGGGGACAAAGAGAAUUGUAUCCAGACCCUGGAGACCUGCAUCACCGCAUCGCGACUGCCUCUCAAGACAAAGUACGAGGUGGAGGAAGAAGUGAGUGAAAUGACCAGCUCCCCCCUGUACAAGGGCACUCUGCACCUCAACGAGCUGCUGCUGACCCGAGGCACCUCGGCGGCCAAACGGCAGCUCAAGCACCAGGUCUAUGAGAAGGCGGUGAAGGCUCUGAGGACGGGGGAGGUCGACAACCUCCUAGCCGACAAAAAGUCUGAGAACACAGCCACUUCUCAACCCCAGCCGUUGCUCAAGACAGAAGACCUGUCCAGCAAAAUCCAGAAGCUGAUGGACAAAGUGAAAAGCUCGACAGAGGUGGACAAGCAGAAUGUUUUGUUCCUGGACAUGGCUUUCAUUGAGUCUCGAUGCGGCCUACGGCACAAGUAUCAGGUGGAGCCAAUUACCACAGAGAAAGGUUUCCACAUGUACACCCGUGUUCGUCUCUACGUGGAGGAGAAGCCUUUUACGUCGGCCAUUGGGGUGGGCAAGAAGGAAGCCAAGCUGCACGCCUGCCAGAAAGCACUAGAUACUUUACGGAACAAAACUGUGGAGCAGAUUAUGGCUGAGCAUGUCAACCCUCCAGAGAGUGCAGAUGGGCCAGGGGAGACUGGUGAACAGUGCGAAAAGGAAAGGAUUGGCCUGUACUUGCCCAAAGAGGAGGACAAGGUAGAGUUGCUGGACACUCUGAUUGCCAAACUGUGCACCGAGUCGGAGACUCGCACAAAAAAAUCAAACACUGGGAAAGAUUGCGCAUCUGGAGAGUCAGGAGGCGACCAGAAGCAAGGGUCGUCAAAACAAUCCACUGCUAAGGAUGAUGCCUCCAGAAACCCUAGCACUGACGAGACUCAGGAGGAAGGAGUGACCAGUGGUCAAGGUGGCAAGUCAGAGGAACUGACAGGCGGUCAGGAGAAAAUGCCUAAUGUCCGACAGGUGAUGACAGAGGUGACCGGCAACAACAUGGUGAUGACCAUUGACAAGAUCUGUCUACAACUCAAACUGAAACUAAUGGCAGUCUACAGGAAGGUUUCUGAGGGUUCCGACUGCCAUGUCACCUGUGACGUCUACAUAUGUGACCGGUUCAUCGGCCAGGGCCGCGGUCCGUCGCGUAAGCUGGCCCAAACAUGUGCGUACAGGGAGGCGGCUCAAGUCCUGAGAGGGACCACGGGUGAGGCUAUUCUCAACAUGCUUCCUGCAGCCUGUGAGGACGAUUUGAAGGCCCCGGAUAUCCUGGAUGUUGUCUACAAGGGUUUCAGUCGUGUGUAUGAGUCUAAUGUGCUGCGUAUGAAGAGGCUGAAGCAGCCCCCAGAGGAGAAGCGCCGCGUGUCGGAGAUGGUCAUCCUGGAGCAUGAGGACUGGGCCACUGACCGGCUCAAGCACGCGCACUGCAUCCUGAGUCAGAGCGCCGCUCACUGUGGUCAACUGUUGGAGUGGGUCACUGAGCCAGAGGGGCCCGUCUUCAAGUGCAGCAUGAAGCUCCAAGGCCAGGAGCUGUCCAACUGUCUAGGCAAGACGCGGCGUGUGGCCUGUACCAUGGCCUCGGCCAAGGUUCUGUUCUCGCUCUACGAGAGCCAGCCGGUCAUAGCGUGUUCUCGGGCUGACUACUCUAAAGUGUGGGUGACCAGGGAACAGCUGACAACAUUCGCCAACUCGCUGACCGAGGAUGACAUCAAGGCUACAACAACAUCUGAGCUUUUGGACGGGGCUGGGCUACAAGUGAGCAAGCGUAUGGUAGCUGCGAUGACGCGACACCUGUCUGAGUUCUUCCAGCGUCCGACCCUGGCCGAGUAUGUGAUGGGCCCCGACUGGGCAGCGGAUGAGCGCAGGUGUGUGCGACAGAUGGCGUUUGCCCGCGGUCUGCGGGUCAACUCGGACAGCGUCUGUGAGGAGCAAGUGAUGGUGAUCAGUCACAAGCAUGACCUUCUGCAGAUGGUGGAGUUGUUAGAGGCACAGACCACAAAGUCGGAGGGCCGCUAUCGUCUUUUACCGGCGGAAGAAAAACCCUCGCUGAAUGAUAUUGCUGGUGAGAUCGCAGCCAACGCUUCCAUGAUGCGGGAACUACAAGGUCAGGGAGACAAUGAGGAGCUUCCUGGACUGGAGAGUUUUUUGCCAGCAGACGCAAAAGUUGAGGAGAAUGGGAAAGGUGGGGCACCCGCUGUGACUAAAGCAGCAACGACAGCCACUACUCAAAGUCAAAGACUGUCACCACUUGGGGGUAAAUCUCAGGCUACCUUGCCAGCUCGCAGACCCGCAUUUUCUCUCAGUGGUCGCAGUCUGGCCAGUGCUCAAAGGACUUCUACCCCAGGCAGAGACUGGAAAAAACCGAGACUGUCGCCUCGAGCUAGUGUCCUUAGCUCACGCGGGUCACCGGCUGCGGGUAGGGGAGUGGGUUCCCCUUUCAGGAGAAGGCUAAGCUCACGAUCUCCAGUUCUAAACAGACCAGCUCAACAACAGUCGGAGUCUUCAUGGAAUGGAACUCCCAGCGGCCUGUCUCCCGUCCAACCAGCUCAGGGCUGGACUCGACCUUGUGUUACCCCGCCCCAUGCCCAGCCCGGCCCCGGACUCAGAGCGCCCGCUCCUACCCCGAAGUUCUCCACACCGUCUGGACAUGAUCUGUCUUCGUCCUUUGCCUCUCCGGCAUCGUGGGAUGAUUACCGGUCUAAGUGUCCGUCCGAGCCAAGUUCUGCUGUGUUGUACAAUGACUCCUGGGCCUCGGAUGCCAGUCUCGACACCUCACGGCAAGCCUUGUGGAAUAUGCCAAAUCCCGACUCGAAUAGCAUGGGUCGUGGGCAAAACCGCUGGCCUGAGGCGACAGAUUCGCGGGUUUGGCCAGGACAGACAGAGUACUCUGCCCCUGCCCGUCUCUACCCUGGGUACGAAACUGAUGCAUCUGCCUCGGGGGGCUAUUACUAUGACCAACAGGGGCAGGAGUACCAAGGCCAGGAGUACCAAGGCCAAGGGAAGGAUGGCGGGUUGUUCCGGCAAAAGUUUUCUGGUCAAAAUGGAUAUAGCUGCAACUCCACAGUGACCCACCCGUGGCACGCUUGGUGAAGCAGUUCCAAAUGAGGGCUAUACUUUAUUAUUACCCAUUAGUCUACCGUGGAAGGGAUUGCUUCUGCUGUUAUUGUUCAGUUGGCCAAUUUGGGCUUGACCAACCUGCUUUGGAGACCGUGUUUUGAAAGGGAAGUUGACCCAUCAUGAGGAUAGUCGCGAUGCCGCGACUCUCCGUCUGACAUUGUUGCGAUCAUAAACAUGGGCACUUGAGACCCGAUUUUGUGUAUGGAACCACUGGAAAUGUUAAAAUUAAGUUAAAACUCUUUUCAAUGAAGAUUUUCCUAGCAUUUCCUGCCCCAAACAAGAAUCUAGACCCAGAACUGGAAUAGAAAACGAACAUUCUAGAAAUUUGUUUACAUCAGUCACUAAGGCAGUAAUCGAAUCUGAAAUGGCUGCAAAUAUAAAGUUUGCAACUUGUUUAACACAUUUUAUUAGGAUAGUAGUGAUUCACGAGGAAAGAGGUUGUGUUUCAAUGCAAAAGUGUGAGGUAUAUAUAGCCCUCUGUGUCCCUGGCUGCUUUGAAUUGUAUCACUCACACUAGAACUAGGAGAAAUUUGACACCACAUCAUCAGGACCAACACACAGGCGAAGACACUUUGACAAACGAACAAAUUAAAUCUAUGACAAAGUAUUGUUUUGAAAAUGUUUUAUCUUGUUUUUUCUUCACUCAAUUUCCAGUUCAAUGAUGUUUGGUUGAUAUUUCUAUCUUAAAAUAUAAGGAAGUUAUAAGCAUUUUUCAUGACCCACCCUAAUUUUCAUGAAGUUCUCAAGUUAAUUCACCUCCGGAGGACCAGACAGUGCCUCUUGAAGUGUUAAACUGGCUCUUAGGCUCCAAAUAAGGCUUAGUGUAUGUUAUUUACAUUUCAAGAUGUGUCCUGUUUUCUCUCUUUUAGAUAUCAAGAUCUAAGUGUCUUCACUAUAUAAAUAUAUGUCAAGAAAUUAGAGCUUUCUUGACGAAAUGAGUGUCUUCUCUUUAUAAAUAUAUGACGAGAAAUAAGUGCCUUUGCUAUAUCAAGAAAUAAGUGUCUUUGCUAUAUAAAUAUAUGUCAGGAAAUUAGGGGUUUCUUGAAGAAAUGAGUGUCUUCGUCGAGAAAUAAGUGCUGUUGCUAUAUCAAGAAAUAAGUGUCUUUGCUAUAUAAAUAUAUGUCAUGAAAUUAGGGGUUUCUUGAAGAAAUGAGUGUCUUCUCUAAAUAUAUGUCGAGAAAUAAGUGCCGUUGCUAUAUCAAGAAAUAAGUGUCUUUGC